ACCAUGGAGAGCAGUGAUUGUUCCGUUGCUUCUGCGGCAUCUCCGUCUGCGAUUCAUGAGAGCGGCAGCGACAACACGCCAUUUAGUAGCCCUUCAAUGGAAAGCACGUCGACUGAUGCGCAACCAGUUUGCCUCGUUUCGCAUGGGUCCUCGAAGAAGAUUGUCGCGCUGAAAGGGUCCCGAAAGCUGGCCGAUCUGCAGGAAAGUCUGCGAACGAGUGGAUUUGCUCAUUUGAUGGCGAGCAACCCGCUAAUACAGAUCUACAAUGAAAGGUUCCAGUGCUUCGUUGAUCUGGACGAAAGUACAACAGUGAAUGAUGGAGCGCUCAUCAACUUGAUUGCUUCGCAGAGCCACUCCGAGUCAUCGGGAGCAGUUGAACAGCCGCUACUGAAAAGUGGAGCUGCACCUGACAAAGAUGAAGCACAGCAUGAAUUUCCGCGAUACACACUGCCUCAGUUGCCGAUGGACAUUAACCUGCAUCUUCGAAAUGUGAAAGCAGGAGAUGUGCCGGACAACCUCAGGAAAAAGAUAAUUGAAUGGCUUUCAUUUAAUCUGUCUUCGCAGACAAUGUACCCAAAUAAGUUGUACAAGGUUGCUGCAGUGAGCCUUGUAAACGCCUACCCACAGCUAAGAGAUAGCUCAGACUCUGGCCACAUCUCCUGGUACAUGUGCCUUAGAAAUAAGUACAAGAACAUGCGCAAGCGAAUGCCUCCAGGAUGCCCGGAAGUAGAUGCUCAAAAAGAGAAAUUCAAAGCAAGGAAGUUGGGCAAAAGCUCUGUCGCUUCCUCUAAAACUGGGUUUCGAAGACAGACUAUUGUGAAGCCUACAUUCGAAAUGGACGCUGCCUUCGUCACUGAAGCAACUGACUUCAUGAAAAAGGAGCUGAAGAAGCAAAACCCUGAUAUGAAAAAAGUCGAAGACUCAAUGUUGAGAACGACUGCUGCGAGAAGAAAAAGUAUUGAGCUGGACGGCAUGAGCCUGACUGACGUCGUGGGCCUCUAUCCAGCCCUAACCCUCGAGAAGGAGAUCUUGAAUGAAUGUCGUCGCCUGACUGGUGUAUCACCUGAUGAAGCAUUACUGCGUGCACUGAGAGAAUUCAGUGAGCACAUCCUCAAUGCAGCGGCACAAAAGCACGCAGCACAGACUACCCUUUGCUCUCUGCAGGCAGACAUGUCAGUGGACAACAGGAUUGCAAGAAACUAUGCCAAAGGAGUGGGUGCCAUCAUGGUCCUUCCAUUUCUCGUCAACGAGCGAGGAGGUGAAAUAUUCACAGAAAUGACACCAGGGAAGGGAUUCACACAUCCGACACUGCUCUACACUGGCGAAAACCCCGUAUCUUCUGAGGCCAUGUGCGUGAAGUGCGAGAAU